UUAAAUUUAACUGUAAAUAGCAAGAUGCAGUCCUCGGUAGCAAUUCUGUUGGCCCUAGCGGUGGCCGCCUCUGGGAGGCAUAUUACUCUUGAGGAUGUUAUUGAAUUAGAAAAUAACACUCCCUACGAUUACAUCAAGAGCUUACCGCUGAUCCAGGAAGUCUUUAUAGAAGAAAAAAAUGAGAAAAACCCAUCCAGAAUAGUUGGCGGUUCAUUUGCAGCACUUGGACAAUUUCCGUAUCAAGCUGGACUUUUAAUCCAUUUACCAUUUGGAACUUCUAUUGCGAGUGCAAUCUUAAUCUCCAAUAAUAAAAUACUAACUGCUGCACACAACUUAAACGAUGGCGUAUCAAAUGUGCCAAGUGUGACUGUGGUCCUUGGAACAAACACUCUAAUGUCUGGUGGUGUGAGACAGACCACUAGCAACUAUGUUUUGCACGAAAAUUAUGACAUUUCCCUGUUAAGAAGUGACAUUGCUAUCAUCAAUUUACCAUCUCCAGUUGCGUUUUCAAGCUUCAUCGCUCCUAUCGCCCUGCCAUCUGGAUCUCAACUUGUAGAAAAUUUCGCUGGUGACGUCGCCAUUGCAUCUGGUUUUGGAAUCAAUCCUGCAAGUACGGAAAUUUAA